GAUUUCUAAAAUAUUUCAGAAUUUCCUUGAAUUUGAAUAAAAUGGACGAUUCUGUUUCCUCAACUUCUAUUCCUUCCACAGCAGAGGAAAAUUCUCUUGAUUAUACAGGCUUAGCUGCUGGUCUAGGAGUAGUGGGAGGUUGCUUAAUCAUCUCAUUAUUUAUCUGUGGCACCGUCAUACUGAGGAAGAUACUGAAGAGGGGGAAGGAGAACUUUACCAGGACUUACAUCGGGUACAAAUCCCCUACAAUAGAUCGAGGUUUGAAUAAUCCAGGGUUGGAAGUAUCUCUGGUAGGUCAAGGGUUGGCUGGAAAGGAUCCUGAGGUUGGAGAAUCGAGGACAAUCGACCUCAAGGUCAUGCUAGAACCCUCAUUCAAUCUGGAGGAUGGAGCAAAGUUCCAUCUGGAGGAUGGAGUGGAUUUAAGCUUGGACGCAAGUGUUUCGACUGUUUUAUGGAUGGAUCAGGGCUUAAAUAUUCAUCAGGAUGUAAUUGAGUGUCCGCUUGAAGAACAGGUUCUGGUUGGAGAGCUGGAUAUCAGCACCUUCAGCAUGCAAAGCUUGCGCAGUACGCAAAGUGAUCUGCGCUUGCGUAGCUUGGAGGAUAAAUAUUCGAUGAUUCCCGACCUAGAGAAAACAUCUCACUUCUCCGCAGCAGGGGAUUCGAACUCAACCAAACCCAACCAUUCUAUUAUUCACCCUAGAAACAGGUGCAUGGUUGAGAAUAAGAUGCAGGAUCAACUCUCCAUCUCAAGGAUAGAACCAGAGGUGGGAGAAACCCUGGGUUCAGCUCUAGGGUCUAUGAACAAUCUGUUCAAAGUUCAUCUUACUCCGGCUCGGACAGGGUUAGAUGAUGAAAAAUCGUGUUUGAAUCCAGACCUGAAAUCUCUGAGUAAAGAUGCGGUUCAGUUGGAAGAUUCCGUGUUUUCCCAAGGAGAGGCUAUGCUGGGAGUUGAUAUUGAAAGAUCAAACUCGAACCAUUCAAGAUCUAAAAUCUUAUUGGGAAUAUCUUCCUUGGGAGAUCACAAUGCUCCUGCACCCGAUAUCACUUCAUCCCGAAGUCCAGUUUUAGGUGCACACUUAUCUGAAAUCUCAACUGUUGUAACUUCUUCAGCUAGCAUGUCAUCAGCUAUAGCUUUCCCAGUGAGUAGUUUAUCACCUGAAGAUUCUAAUGUCAGCACUUCAUCUGCUUUAUCUUCUUUUGUUAGUUCAUCAGCUUUAAAUUCUUCAGCAAGUUGUUCAUCGACUGCAACUUAUUCAGCUAGUAGCUCAUCUGCUUCAACUUCUUUAGUCAGCAGUUCUUCAGCUGUAACCUCGGCGGUCAGCAGUUCAUCGGCGGAAACUUCUACAGUCAACAGUUCAUAUAUAACAGCCCCACUUCAUGCUUCAUCUACAACUGUUACUGUUUCAACUUCAGUGGACAAUGUCCACUUAACUGAAUAUAUUCCAGUUUACCCUAUUCCUGUUGGCCCAUUACAGAAUGCGAAUUCCUCUUUUUUGAUCGAACAAGAUGUUUUUGCUAAUCCCGUUUCUGAAGCAUCUGAAAGAGUUUUAUCAGAAGCAGUUGUUUUAGCUGAACUAGAUAUUGAGAUCGAAACAGAGAUUGAAUCAAUGCCUAUUGGUGUAACUAAACCUGUGGUUGGAACAAAAACAGUUCAAACUGAACCUGAUAUUAAGAUCAAAACAGAAAUUGAAUCAAUACCGAUUGUUGUAGCGGAACAUGAUGUUGGAACUAAAACAGUUUUCGGGACUAAACUGGAGAACACUGAAUCAUAUUUAGUAUCACCAACUGAAUUUGAUAAGUCAAACAAAUCUACUAACGACCAGAGUGAUCCUGAUGAGUGCCAUAAAUCAGAAAAUCUAAGAAAAAUGGUUGGAUUCGAUCAAGAACUUCCAGUUUUCAAAGCUCAGUCAGACAUUUUAAAAGGAAAUUAUAUCAAUCCUGAUUCACAGGUUACCCCUAAAAAAUCAGGAUUGUUUUCCACAAGUGUUGAAACUACCUUUAAUCCAUUCAUGCACACUCCUAAACCCUUCAUCCCGACCCAAUACCAGCAGUCUCCGGGUAUCCGAGUACCCUUCAACACUGGAGAAGGAUUCACCACCCCGGAGAAAUCGAUAAACCCUGAGAUAUUGGCCAAACCAAACCUUCGAGACUCAUUUAAUUCUCCCAGUUUCCUCGCCGCUCAAGCAAAGUUUAAAUACCGGCCUUUCAACUAUAGACAGGAAUCCUCUUCCAAUCUGCUUCAAUGGGACUCCACAUUUGAAGAGAUAAAGACUGAGGAGUCCAAGCUUCGUCUAGUCCUAACUCCUAAACCUAAAACUUUAUUUAAACUUCCUUCAUCAACAUCUACGACAAGCCCGUCUUUGCCUUCAACGUCAAAAAAAGCGGAGCAAUUAGGAAGCCUUAAUGAUUCUGCAUUUUCAAAGACGUCAGGGCUGGAAACAUCCCUCCAAUGGGAUGAAUCUUGUGAUGGACUUGAAAUGAGCUGUGAAACAGUACUUGAACAAACAAAAGAAGAACUUCAGAAUGGAUAUUAAUAGUUUAUGGAAUUUUACACUGUUUUAUAUUAUCUAAUCUUAUACCAAGUAUUAUUAUAAACAUUUAAUUAAUCUUG